AUGCCAACGCGAAAUCAACACGCCAGUGGCGGAUUUGUCCAUUCCGAACCGAUGGUCAAUGAGAUGCAACCUGUGGGGCGAGCACUUCCGGCUCUGUGUCCAGUCCUCCCCCUUACCAUUAAUCUUCCCGCCCCCGUCACAAAGACGAUCCCAAAUAUCUCAAGAUUAUACUUACAUUGGGAUCAAACAACUGCAAGUGAAUCCAUCGAGGACGUAACAAUGAAUCAUACCGACAAGCAGCAGCCUCCACAGACUCCGUCCCAUCAACAAAGUGCCUACCCAGAUAAGCACCCUCAACCCCUCCAACAGGGCGCGCACCCAACCCAUCGCCUCCAAAACCCCGCCUGCCCAGAUCAACAUCCUCAACUCCUCCAACAAGGCGCCUGCUGGGAUUAUCUUCCUAUUUUUCUCCUGCUGCAAAGCGUCUCUGCGAUCCCACUACCUCAGCCCAUCCACCGAAGCACCGAUGAUAUAUGCUGGAACGAGGAAGUGGAAUGGGCAAGAUAUUACAAAACUGCAAUUAAAAUGCGAGAUAAUCUACCGUCGAUGUACGACAAUGGUCCUGGGACUUCAAAAUAUGGCUUCCGGGAUAAGAAUGGCAUAACUGGGCUCUUUGCGAUGAAUGGGGCAGAUAUAGUCUACACCGCAAACUGGGUAGUCUUCAUCGAUAUAAGAAAUGGGUUCCUCUACAUGCCCAAGGGGCAGCCAGCAACGGACCCUUCAGAUUCUUUAGACACAUUUCUCUCCAUUGUCAAUGGAUGA